AAGGCCGGACGGUCCUUCUCAAUGACCAGAAACCAGAAAAUGAUCGCGGUACUUCUUGUAUUGUUUCUACAUUUUCUGCAGAUUACGUCAGGAGGUGGCCCGAUUAUUACGGGAGACUUUGGUAACCUCGCACCACAAUGUGAAGAAUUUGCUAAAACUUAUAUUAAAGCGCUUCCUGAUUUAAAAGAGGCCAAACUCCGGCUUCGCUACUGCGACUUCUCUUACGUACGCCAAACUGCAACAGGGCAGCGAAUAGUAGGAGAGUACGCACUUCCUAAUGGAUUUCCCUGCGCCUUUGGUGCGACAUGCUAUGAUGGAGCUUGCAAGUGCAGCGAAUGCGAGUAA